CACUCGUUUUCAACGACAUUCAGAGCUCUCGCGCCUCGCAGACCUUUGCAAACCCCUCCAAACGAAUAUACUCCUAGAGUACAUAUUCUUAAUACCCGAACAAAUCAGUCAAAAUGAAGUUCACCGCUGCCGUCCUUGCCCUCGCCGCCGGCGCCUCGGCCUUCAAGAACGUGACCUACACCACCGAGGUUGUCACGGCCGUCACCACCUUCUGCCCUGUUGCCACUGAGGUUGAGGUUGGCGGCUCGACCUACACUGCCACCACCCUGACCAUCACCAACUGCCCGGGCGGCUGCACCGUUGUGCGCCCGAUCACCACCGUCUCGUCAGUGAUCUGCCACUCCUGCACCAGUGCCCCGGUCUACAGCAACACCACCACGGGCGCCCCCGUGCCCCCUAAGCCCACCCUCACCUCGUCGGUCGGCACCGUCUCCCAGCCCGCCCCGACCAAGUCCGCGCUCCCCACCGCCGGUGCCGGCAAGGCUGCUGCCCUCUCUGGCGGCGCCCUCGCUGGUCUCCUUGGCCUGGCUGCUUUCGCUCUCUAAAUUCCCACGUCCCGUCUGUCGGCUCGUAAUGUUUAAUUCCGCGUCAUGAUGGGAUUAUGGGAGGGUGUGCGAGGGUAGUGUUGUGGAGGAUUGGUGGAAGUGUUGGAUGGCCUUGACUGCUUCUUUGGUAGUAAGGUUUGGGUUCGCAGAGUCCCUGCUCCGGAGGCGGACAGGUAUUCAUGCAAUCGUUUGACUUUGGGGAUUUCGUGAGGAGGAUUUCAGUUCCUAUGCUCAUGUAUGGGAAUUGUUUCUCUUGCAUGGCCUCGGGGUUCUUUUCGAAUCGGAAGUGUUCAUAGGACAAAUAUUAACGCUU